AUGCAGAGCGUUAACAACCACGUCGUUCCAUUUCUACCAUUUCCGGGCCAGAUCAUACAGCCUUCGAUGCCAAAUGAUACGGCAGAGCGCCCAUGGGGCACGCUGUGUCUCUAUAUGCGCCUGAAGAAUGCGGAUGGCUCACCCCAUGGUGGUGUUUUUGCUUUGGCAUCGCGCCACGUCACAAUCGGCGACAUCUUCGACCACCACCGCGACUACGGUUCUGUGAAGCAUGCGUCCCUCAUCAGUGGCACGCACCACGCUCGGUCCGCGACUGAAUCAAAUCCCAGAGACAUUUUGCCGAUUCCUGUGUCUUGGGGCAGCGACCUGGAACUGGAACGCAAGAUGCGGACACUGAAAGACUUCGUGCGCGAACUGAUUCUGUGGCCAGUUCAGAAGCAGUUUUCCAAUGGAACACUUCCCGAGAAUGAAGUUCCGCAGCUGCAGAUUGCGGAGAAUUGUGUGUCAAUCUAUGUCCCCUCCCUUCUACAGGAGAUGGCGCAGCAUUCGGCUGCAGCUGAGGACGGUGGCCAAGGCUCAGCCGGUCGGAAAUUCGGACAGGUCGCACUCUCAAGUCGGCAUGACCACAACAGGUUCAAUGGCUGGCGCGACUGGUCCUUGGUUGCCCUCGACGAUGGCAAUCGCCCAAGCCUAGAGCCCUUUUCUCCUUCACAAGGCCUGCCUCCACCACCACCUUGCCCGUCCUUUGAGACCAACAAUGUCUACGUUGGAAACACGCUCGCGGACGAGCGACUUGAAAAGCACGAGGGCUGGCCCGAUGACGCCUUUCGGGCUUUACAGGCGUUGCUCAUUAACAUGGACACCGCGGGGUUUGUCAGGUUGCAGCCUCGUACUGGCGGCGAUCCAGCGUCGACCCUGAGUCAAGCGAAAGAGCAAAAGUUUGUGUUCAAGCGUGGUGCAACGACGGGUGUGACCAUGGGCAGGACCAGCCCGAUCGAAGCGGUUGUUCGCAUGCCGCUCCCCAACAAGGACAUUGUGUCUUGGGCAAUACCGGUGCUUGGUAUGCCUACUGGUCAGAGCUCGAUGCCGAACAGACAAAACCCCUUCACAAGUGGAGGGGAUUCAGGAUCUUGCAUUUUCGACCAGACUGGGACCGUCCUUGCCAUGGUUGAUGCGGGCAUCGGAUCCAGAGACGAUCAGAGGCAGCUGCUGGUGGCCCAUGGAAAGAAACGUGUCGGCGACCCUCCCGUGCCGCUUCCAAAAGAUCGCACGAUUCCGCCCCAACCUCGCGAACCGGUAUAUGCUGGCCCCUCACAGUUCGAGCCAUGGGUCCGAGCUGUGCAUCGAAAGGAAGAAUUUUCCUACGAACAGGUCGACAUCACUCUCGCAACGCCGUUCGAAUGGAUUACCGAGGACAUCUGCGAUGUGACGGGGCUCAGAGCACAUUUACUUUAA